UCAUUUCACAGUCAGUGCGAUUUAUUAGGGUGCUUGGAAAACUGGUUGGGUUAGCUUCCUAGACUUAUCAUACUUAUGCGAAGCUAAUACAGAAAUCCAAGUAAAUAGUGGAUAAGAACCGGACGUGGUAAAUUGGAAACCACCAAAUAUCGAAAUCAUGCAACCUAAACUGGACUACAUGUCAGAAACUGACCCUCGCGAGAGAGAUACUUACCAAUCACAACAACUGAAAAAUUCCAAAGCAGUCGGAGUGUUAUGGGGAGUUUUUACUGUCUGCUUCGCCAUCAUCAACGUUGUCAUCUUCGUCCAGCCACACUGGCUAGGGGACACUCAACAAAGUAAGGGCACUGGUCAUUUUGGCCUGUGGCAAGCAUGCCGUCUGGUGCAAGAUGGUCAGGACGUUUUCUGCGAAGGCCGAUUGGACGACUUUAACACCAUAACAUCUUCUGCCUUCAGGGCUGCCACAGUGUUCGUUGGUCUGUCUGUCAUCACGAUUAUGUUAUGCAUCAGCUGUAUGUUGCUCUUCUUUUUCUUCAAUUCUUCAACCAUUUUCCACGUCUGCGGUUGGAUGCAGCUGUUUUGUUCUAUCUGCAUGCUAGUUGGUGUACUGACCUUUCCGGCCGGCUGGGAUAGUGAAGUGGUCAAAGAGGUUUGUGGUUCGGAAGCAAAGGACUACAGCCCAGGUCAGUGUGAAGUCCGUUGGGCAUACAUCUUAGCAAUUAUCGGAGUUUGUGACUGUACCGUAUUAGCAAUUCUGGCUUUCGUACUGGGAACUCGUUACGUCAGACUACUUCCGGACCAGUACGUAUCAAACAGUUCACCAAAGCAAGCAGGUGACACAUCCAUCAACUACAUUUCAGAAAGACAUUCCCUCACCUCUCAGAAGUCCAACAACAACCUGCAACCUCCGAUGUUAGUGCCUCCUAUUUGCGAUCCGGAACGAUUUUCAGAGUUUUCUCAUCGAACCGGCCAUUCAAAGAGUAGCUGGUCAAGAGAUGAUUUUGAGUCUUCAAUUAAUAACUAUCGACUGUGACGUCAUGUGCAAUUUUGCACAAAUCAAUUGUUUCAACUCAGUGUUAUAGUUAAUAAGGUGACACAAACCAAGAUAUUCGUGACAGUAUUAUUCCUAACGUUUGGAGAAAAUAAUGUAUUAAGCUGAUAUAUGUCGAAGUGGUAAUUGUUAUUAGAUGCUUGUGGUACUAAUUGUACUUUUGUUAGUAGUUCUUUUAAGAUUUUAAAUUCUAAACUGUCUAAUUUUUAUUUAAUGUUAAACGGAAAGGGACGUGAGUAGAGUUCACCGGGAAAUUUCUCGAUUGGCCGGUCCCAAAUACCAAAAAAUUAGGUCUGUUGAUACAACUCGGUAACCUAAAUUCGUAAAAUUACAAAUUAUCAUUAGCUCGCACUCUGUAAACGCAACUCCCCUCUUAAGCGUAACUGUAGCCAGCUUCAAUCGGCGUGGGCCGGCCAGUAAGAGAUUUCCAGGUGAUGUAAAAGUGCCAGUGAAUUCCUUCUUUAGAACUGACUUCAAGACAGGAAACUCCACUAGUUACACAAAAUGAGUACCCCAAUCAUUUUUUAAGGUAUAUGUUAGAGUAAGCUGUUGUUUUUUUAAGUUUCCUUAAGAUUAUAUAGAACUGGUGAUUUUGUUUGACCAGUUCAUGAAACAAUCCCAGGAUUGCUGGAGUUCUCGGAAACUAUAUAAUCAUGUAUUUCAUUCAAAUAACAUUAUGACCAUAGCCUUUACCUGCUGUUACAUUUGCAAACACACGAAAAGUGUAAAACAAUGAGUAUAAAGCCCUGUGCUGCUUUAUAUUUUAUUUGUCUCUAGAGCUCAAAAUGUUUAAGAGUGAACCUUAAAACUAUCUUAAUUUUAAUGAUCUAAUUUUCACGGUAAUGCUGAUUAAAAAUAAGAAUUGUUUUAUUUUUACAGCACGAAAAAUUGUUGACUCCUGUGGAAAGAUAUAAUUUGUAUAGCUAUGUUGAUAAACGCGCCAUCUACAGUUCAUUACAAAAACAAAUCAGAAAAUAUUUAAAGGGAAUUUACAAAUCAUUUGCACCUUUUUUUCUCUUCUUGUUAUCAGAUAUCAGCCUUGUAAUUCAUGUGCAAACUACUACGAUUUAAAAAUAAUUACCCAUGCUUUGAUAUUUCUUUUUGAAUUAUUUGUAUAGUUUGUCAAUGAACAAAAUUUGUAAUGAUCACUUAGCUAGUAAGGAAACUAUGGAAAGCAUUAUCAAACUUGUUGAAUUAUUUAAUAGUAUAAUUUAAAACUAUGUGAUAAGU